AUGCCCUCCUGGGCCCAGUACUCAGAACCCGGCACCCCAGGAGCGCGUAGUGCCAAAGACGAGCCGCAGGACGAGCCAGACGUCAAGCCCGAUAUCAAGAGAGUCAAGACACAUCUGAGUGGAAAUCAUGGAAUGUACCAGGAUACCCGAACGGCUGCUAUCGACCUUUUGAAUAUCCUUCGAAAAUCUGUGACGAUGAGGUACGAAGAUGCGUACUUCCGGGUGCAAGAAAACAGCCCCGGGACAGACCCUACCAAAGCGCUCGAAAUCCUGAAAGGCCUGGAGCGUAUAGAAUUCAACGCUGGCAACCAAGUCUUUUCUUACAUCCCCGAGUUGACUUUGAUAACGGCAAGCGAGAUUCGGAACCAUAUCCGUGUCCACUCCACACCCACGUCUGGCUUGCCGCUCAAGACACUGAAAGAAGCCAUGCCCAACGGCGUCGAACCUCUGAAAGACCUCGAGUCCCGCGGGGAUGUCAUGAUCAUGCGUGGUCUCGGAGCGAAUUUCAAGGAUAUCCCGCUCCCGAGAUUGGGUAGGCUCAAUGUGAAUGGGGAGGAUUUGUUGAGCGGGCCGACGACGAGGUGGAAGAUGGUAUUUUGGGAUCAUUUGAAAGAAGCCGGGCGGGCGGGGAAGAGGGUGGAUGAUGAAUUCAUCUUCUCCUGGGCCGACGUUCCCAUCGCGGAAACAGACGACGUCACAAAACUCCUCGCCGACCAGGAACUCUCAGCUUCAUCCCUUACACCAGCCGCCCCCAAGGCCGUAGCCGCCGCCCCAGCCAAAAAGAAGAAACGCAACACCCGCGCACUCAAGAUUACCAACACGCAUAUGAAGGAGCAGGGUAUCGACUUUUCGAAAGAUUAUGUCAAGGGUGCGUGA